AUGAGAAAAUUUCCAGGUCCGGUCAAAGGCAAUCAUAAUUAUUUGAAUGCUGAUAUUCCAAGAAGACCAAUUAAUCCAAAAACCCAAUCUAUAACAGAGAAAAAAAUAAAUGAAGGUGAAGCAAGAAGUAUCUCAUAUAGCAACAAAUUGUCAACUAAUGCAAACUUAAGAAAUUCAAGCAAUACUGGUUUAGGCAAGCCUGAAAGUCGAAGUGGAAAUUUAAGUAAAAGUUUAAUUUUAAAUGAAUUACUCUUGGAUGCAGUCUCCUCGCUUGAGGUCCAACUUGUUUAACAGCUCUGAACAACGGUAGGUGGACCGGCCUAGCCGUUGAACAGUUAAAGUUAGCAAGUCCGUUAAGACUUCUCUAGUCAGUGUCAGACUCAGCACUGACCUCUCCACUCUCUUAAAAGAGACUAAAGAGGUACGGCCUCUAUCACUAAGCUCGAAAAUAGGUCCCUACCUGCGGAGGUGUCUAGGACCUAUCUCUAACUGACAUUUUUAAUAUUGUGUGAAGUGGAAAUAACAGAGUUUUAAGCACGCCACCAAAACCGCAAGAACUAAGUCAAAGUUCAGGGAAAAAAGGAAAUGAAGAUAAAGCAAGAAGUAUCAUCUAUAGCAAUAAAUUGUCAUCUAAUGCAAACUCAAGAAAUUCUAGCAAUGCUGGCGUAAGCAAGCCUGAAAGUCGAAGUGGAAUUAGCAAAGUUGUAAGCACGCCAUCAAAGCCACAAGAACCAAAACAAAGUUCUGGAUCUUCAAAGACUAUUCAAGCACCUCAACAAAAGCCAAACCAGAACGAAGAAAAAUUAAAAAUUACAAACCAAAAUAUUAAGAUCAAUUCAAGGGUCACCCGAGAUGUAGCGCUAAAAGAUACUAAUUUAAAUGUUCAUUAUACAGAAUCAUAUUGCUUAAUUAAGCUGAGCUUCAAAGCGCAGGUCGACUUGAUGCCUUUUGUUGUUAUUGCACGUAGAUCGAGCCUCCAAUUAUUAUUCGAUCCAGUUAGUUUCCAUGAAGCCAUUCGUCUUGUACUUAAAUAGGAUUAUUGAAAAGCUCCCUGUGAUACCUCUUAAGGGUAUUUAUCUCCACCUUGCUUCGCAACUGCCUGCCGUCUAUCUAUUAGCUAUGCUCCUCCAGAAAAUGCUAGAGGCUUGGCUCAUUGUAUCACUCUACCUGACUCCUCCAGCGCCUGCUAAGCUUAAGGGUCUUGAUUUUAUAUCAGCUGAAGCAUUUAAAACGUGAUACACAAAGGAUGCGAAAUUAGAAUAUAAUCCUUGUUAUUUUCUAUCUAUUGUGCAGAAGUCCAGUUAUAAAACUACCCUAUAAAAAAAUAAUGGUUGGGCGAGAGAAAAGGGAAUCAUAAACAGAAUUGCUUUUAGCCAAAUCCUUUUUAUAAUUUAUAAAUUCUUAUUAUACAGAUAAAAGACAUUAUGACGUAAGUUAUACAUUUGGAAAUAAAACCCAAGAUCAAGAUGAGAGACAAAGCCGUAAUCUUAAUAGAGUACCAAAGAGCGAAAAUCAAAACUUCGAUCAUGUAAAGAAUCCUCAGAAUUCUCAGUAUGAUGCUAUCUAUAGUAUUUACAAAAGUCCUAGCCCAGUUCAAGAUAAUUGGGGAAGAAAUAAGGACCUGCAUUACCGAGAAGACAAAUAUCAGAACUCUCAAGCAAAUCCUGUGCCUGCUUGAAGUUUACAAAAUUUCCAAGCUUCAAAAGAGAAUAAGACGGAGAGUAUUGUCCAAAAGUCGAUUGGGAGCAAUAUUGAAGAGAUUAAAAAUGGUUAUUUAUAUAAUGACCCUACCAAAAUUGCAGGCUAUCAGCCAAACGGGAACGAUUUCAAGUCAAAUUCUUAUCAAAUAACGCAGCCAAAGGAAGCGACAUAAAAAUCCUUCCAAAUCAAAGGAAUGCGAGCUCAAUUGAUAACUCAAAUUAUAGACAAACUAAAGAAAAUAAUUCAGAGAAUAAGUAUGAUCUCCAAAGUAGAUACAAUACUUCUGAAAAGCAGUCCAUAAGCAACUCAAGUGCCAGCAUGCAAGCUUCAUUGCCGAGCAAUAUUAGCGAAAUCGGAAAUGAGAGAAGUCGAAGAAAUCGCUUUGAAGAUGAUAGAAAAAACAUAGUUCACCCCUAUAAUGCGGCAUAUGAUAUCAAAAGAACUGAUAAUUCUUACGCAUAUGGCAUCGUGUGUACCCCAAAACCUAAAUCUCUGGCGAACUGCAAUAGCGGCCUACCUAAUAUUGGAAAUACUUGCUAUAUGAAUUCUGUAUUGCAAAUUCUAGUUAGCACUGAAGGUUUUGAAGGUAUAGUAGCCUGGAUAAAUCAACCUUUUUUCACAUAUCUUUCUAAUAUCUUUAAGCUAAUGAAAUCAAAAUCAGGCAAUUUAGCCUCUGCUAUUUCCCAAUUCAAAAAUGAAUUAAGCUCAGAAUUCUCAAUGGUAGCCUUUAUUUAGUUCCAAGGAUGCACCCAAAAUGACUCUAAAGAGCUUUUCCAAAUUAUCAUCUCAAAAGUCGCUGACGAAAAGCCUAAUUUCGACUUGUUUUUGAUAAAAAGAGUUAAAAGGUUUAUUUGUAGAGGGCAUGAUGCAGGCUCUCCAGAAGAAAGCUCCUCGUUUUUUGUGGUACCUACAAAUAGGAUAAGGAGUAUCCAAAGCUAUAUAGAUGGAUUAAAGAAUCCAGAGAGAUUUCAAGGUGCGAAUGCUCUUUAUUGUGACAAAUGUGACUGCUUGAGAGAUAUGACAAUUGAGACAACUUCUAUUGAGACCCGAGCUAAUUUAGUUUUCUAUUUGACUCCGGCACCAACCUCUUUUAUUCCAGAAGACAAUAUAACAAUUGAAAACAACAAUUAUAGACUUUAUGGAGUUAUCUGUCAUAUUGGGACCAAUUUGUCUGGGCACUAUUUUGCUUAUACUUAUUGUGAGGCUGAAAAUUCAUGAGUUGAGUAUAACGAUUCGAUGGUUUCUUUUGCUGAUAAGCCGAAUUUUAGAUGCGCUUAUAUGCUUUUCUAUAAAAAUAAAAAUUAA